AUGGGAUUGAUUAAUGUGGUUCCCCUUCCAAUAUUCUCAUUGUAUCUUGUAUUGCUUUUGUCAACUUUCCAUGUUAAAUCAGCAAUAUUAUUACAGAGAUCCACAUACAUUGUUCACAUGGACAAGUCAUCUAUGCCCAAAGUGUUUACAAGCCCUGAAAAGUGGUAUUCCUCCAUCAUUGAUUCCCUUAAAUCAGGGAAUCACACACCAUCACUUAUAUACACUUAUGAUAAUGCUCUCCAAGGUUUUAGUGCUUCCCUAUCCACCAAUGAAGUAGAGGCUUUAAGGAAGUUUCCAGGAUUUGUGUCAGCUUAUAAUGUCAAGAAAAGUGCAACCAUUGACACCACACACACCCCUGAAUGUCUCUCCUUAAACCCUUUUGCAGAUCUAUGGCCUACAUCAAGUUAUGGAAAAGACAUCAUCAUUGGUGUCUUAGAUAGUGGUCUUUGGCCAGAAAGCCUAAGCUUUGAAGAUUAUGGUAUGAGUACUAGUGCUGCUGCUGGUGUACUUGAUGGGCCAUAUUCCAAGUGGAAAGGAUCAUGUGAAGGAGGGCAAGAGUUUAAUGUCUCCAUGUGUAAUGCUAAGCUCAUUGGGAUUAGGUUCUUCAACAAUGGUGUCAAAGCUUCAACCUCUAAGCAAGUCAUGGACUCUGCUAGGGACACAUUAGGGCAUGGGACGUACGUGUCAUCUAUUGCAGCUGGAAAUUACGUAUCCGGAGUAUCUUAUUUUGGGUAUGCUGACGGGACAGCAAAAUGUGUUGCACCGCAUGCAAGAUUGGCCAUGUACAAGGUCAUUUGGGAGGAAGGAAUAGAUCCGUCAGAUGUUCUUGCAGGUUUAAACCAAGCCAUUAGAGAUGGUGUUGAUGUAAUUUCAAUCUCUAUGGGCUUUAAUUAUGAGUCGUUGGACCAUGACCCUAUUGCAAUAGCUUCAUUUGCUGCCAUGGAGAAAGGUAUUGUGGUUGCAACUUCAGCAGGUAAUGCAGGCCCAGGCUUUGGAACAUUGCACAAUGGGAUCCCAUGGGUCAUAACUGUCUCAUCCGGCACAGUUGAUCGUUGGUUUGCUGGAUCUUUAACCCUGGGAAAUGGGCUAUCCAUUACUGGAUGGUCCUUAUUUGCAGGCAUAACCUUUCCAAAAAACUUGACACUUGUGUACAACAAAACCCUAGCUGCAUGCAACUCAUCUCAGCUGUUAUCUGAAGCCCCUUUUGGCAUCAUUUUAUGUGACAUGGGAGAUAUCCAUAAUCAAACUAAUGCUAUCAUCGAUUCAAAAGUGCCAGGAGCUAUAUUCAUCUACCCAAUUCCUAGCUUAGUUCAUAUGAAAGAAAAUUCAUGUCCAUGUGUUGUGAUCAGACCAGCAGACGCAUUAAUGGUGAUCAACUAUGUAGAAUCUAAUACUUCUCCCUUUGUUUGCUUGAAGUUCAAAGAGACCUUCUUUGGUACAAAACCUGCACCAGUUGUGGCUGCUACUGCUUCAAGAGGUCCUUCAAGGAGUUGUCCAAGAAUUUUGAAACCAGAUAUAAUGGCACCUGGUUCAUUAGUUUUAGGUGCUUGGGUUCCCAAAAAGGAAGUAGCUCGCAUGAGGUCAACAUAUAGGUUAUAUAGUGACUACAACAUAGAAACUGGGACAUCUGCAGCUUGCCCUCAUGUUGCUGGUGUUGCUGCACUUCUUAAAGGUGCACACCCAAAUUGGAGUGCUGCUGCUAUAAGGUCUGCCAUUAUGACAACUGCAAACACAACAGACAAUACUCGAAAGCCAAUCCGAGACCUUGGUAAAGGAUCACAAUUGGCUUCACCUCUAGCCAUGGGAGCAGGCCAUAUUGAUCCAAAUCAAGCACUUGAUCCGGGUUUGAUUUAUGACAUAACUCCACAAGAUUAUGUGAAUCUGUUAUGCUUUAUGAAGUUCAAUCAGAGUCAAAUCUUAAGCAUUACUGGGUCAAGAAUCUAUGAUUGCUGGAACCCAUCUCCUAACCUUAAUUACCCAUCAUUUAUUGCCUUUUACAGCGAUUCUAUCACAGUGACAACCAAAAAAUUUCUUAGGAUUGCAAGUAAUGUUGGGAAAGAUUAUGCAACUUACAAGGCUGUAGUGAUUGCACCAGAGCAUACUGUAGUUACUGUCUCACCGGAAACAUUGGUGUUCAGAAAGCAAAAUGAGAAUCAAUCAUAUACGAUGACUAUACAGUAUAAAGGGAAUGAGAACGGGACAGUUUUGUUUGGUACCCUUGAUUGGGUUGAAGAAAAUGGAAAGUACAGGGUGAAGAGUCCUAUUGUGAUUUCACCUUUGCUUAGUUCUUGA